GAGACACCGAGAGAGACACACAGAGAGACACAGAGGGAGAUGGGAGGAGGCACCACGGGGUUUUAGCCUCAUUGCACCAUUGAGAACAGACACAGUCAGGCAUUUUUGUAGACAUUUCAUUACAUUAGGAGGUAAUAAUGCGGGAAAAGACGUGCUCCAGACAUUUUGGAGUCGAACAGGAAUAAAAUAGUUGAUCAAUAAAACCCAGAAGAAACAUGGCUGAGCAAUGCUAUUUCCUAGGUCGCUAGCUAAGACACCGCUUCGAGGCUCUUGUUCAAGCUAGCUAACCGGGCACAUUUCUGAAAGAAGGAUACUAUAAAAAUCUGCGAUCGAAAAAUUAUCUAUACUUAUAUUUAAUAAGAUAUUUGAAGGGUACAAAAAAAAAAGCUCUAAAGGAUUGAAUAUCUGUCAUGUUCGCCUGUUCAGACAGCAUGGAGACACCGGUGAGGACAGCGAUAGCAGCGACCAGCGCCGAUUUCACCGUGGAGAACGUAGAGAAGGCUCUGCACCAGCUGUAUUAUGACCCAAACAUUGAGAAUAAGAACCUGGCUCAGAAGUGGUUGAUGCAGGCCCAGAUCUCACCCCAGGCCUGGCAGUUCUGCUGGGUUCUUCUCAGUCCUGACAAGGUCCCAGAGAUCCAAUACUUUGGUGCUAGCGCCUUACACAUCAAGAUCUCGCGCUAUUGGGGUGACAUCCCUGCCGAGCAGUACGACACCCUGAGGUCGCAGCUUUUCUCUCAGAUUGCCCUGUUUGCCUCCGGUUCGAAAAUUGUGCUGACCCGGCUCUGCGUGGCCCUGGCUUCACUGGCACUCAACACUAUGCCUGAGGCGUGGCCCGGCGCCGUCACCGAGAUGGUGCAAGUCUUCCAGGAGGAAGGGAGCACUGUGGACGGGCGUGCUCGCUGCCUGGCACUACUUGAGCUCCUCACUGUGCUGCCUGAGGAGUUCCAGACGAGCCGGCUCCCACAGUACCGCCGGGGGCAGGUACGGGGUGCUCUGGGUCGAGAGUGGGCAUCCGUGUAUCCACUGCUUCAGCAGCUACUGCGUCAGGCUGACUCGCCAGCACCAGUGAAGGCGCGUGCACUUAAGUGCCUGUCCAGCUGGGCGUUGCUGGACGUGCCACUCAGCGAGAGCGAGGGGCUGCUGGAAGCCGGCUUUGCUGCGCUUAAUGACCCCGAACUGUUUGAUGCUGCCGUGGAGGCCAUCGUCAAUGCCAUCUCGCAGCCAGACUCGCAGAGGUAUUUGAACACUUUACUGAAGCUGGUUCCUCAAGUGCUGCAGCUCCAAGACCAACUGCGAGAAGCUGUACAGAACGGGGACAUGGAGACGUCACACGGGAUCUGUCGAAUCGCUGUCUCCCUGGGAGAGAACCAUUCCAGGGCUCUCCUGGAGCAGGUGGAGCACUGGCAGAGUUUCCUGGCACUGGUCAAUAUGAUUAUGUUCUGCACUGGCAUUCCUGGCCACUACCCUGUCAACGAGACCACAAGCUCUCUCACACUCACGUUCUGGUACACUCUGCAGGAUGAUAUCAUGUCAUUUGAGGCAGAGAAGCAGGCAGUGUAUCUGCAGGUUUACAGGCCUGUGUAUUUCCAGCUGGUGGAUGUACUUCUCCACAAAGCGCAGUUCCCCAGUGAUGAGGAGUACGCAUCGUGGUCGUCCGAUGAGAAGGAGCAGUUCAGGAUCUACAGGGUGGACAUAUCUGACACACUGAUGUAUGUCUAUGAGAUGCUGGGAGCAGAGUUGCUUAGUAACCUGUAUGACAAGCUAGGCAGACUGCUUACCAAUGCAGAUCAACCAACCUUCUGGCAGCACACGGAAGCUCUGCUGUAUGGUUUUCAGUCUAUAGCAGAAACGAUAGAUGUGAACUACUCUGAUGUCAUUCCCGGGCUGAUUGGCCUCAUUCCCAGAAUAAACAUCAACAACGUGCAGCUUGCAGACACUGUCAUGUUCACUAUAGGUGCGCUGGCCGAGUGGCUAGCGGAUCACCCAGUGAUGUUGAGCAGUGUGUUGCCGUUGGUGCUGCAGGCUUUAGGGAAUCCAGACCUUUCUAUUUCUAGUGUUUCCACCCUGAAGAAGAUCUGCAGGGAGUGUAGAUAUGACCUGCCACCCUAUGCUACAAACAUCGUUGCGGUGUCGCAGGAAGUGCUUAUUAAACAGAUCCACAAGACGAGUCAGUGUAUGUGGCUGAUGCAGGCUCUAGGUUUUCUGUUGUCUGCGUUGCCAGUGGAAGACAUUCUGCACAAUCUGCACUCUCUCAUCACACCCUACAUCCAGCAGCUGGAAAAAUUGGCCCAAGAGACGCCAAACCCGUCUAAUAAGCUGGCCAUCAUUCACAUUUUGGGCCUGCUGUCGAACUUUACUACCCUGGACAUCACCAAGCAGGAGGAGGAAUCAGGAGAGAGUGCACCACCUGUCAAAGCCAGCCCACCUCAAACAGGCCCCAACCCAGUAGUGGUGGUGUUGCAGCAGGUUUUUGCCCUCAUUCACACUGUCCUCAGUAAAUGGUUAAAUGACUCUCAGGUUGUAGAGGCUGUGUGCGCUAUCUUUGAGAAGUCAGUAAAGACGCUACUCCACGACUUUGCACCCAUGGUGUCUCAGCUGAGUGAGAUGCUGGGGCAGAUGUACAGCACUAUCCCCCAAGCCUCUGCACUCGACCUGACACGACAGAUGAUGCAUAUAUUUGCCAGCGAGACAGACCACUUUUCUCCAAUCAAAUCCCUGUUUGAGCUGGUCACCUCCGUCACCCUGACCAUUUUCCAACAAGGGCCCAGGGAUCAUCCUGAUAUUGUUGAUUCAUUUAUGCAACUCCAAGCUCAGGCUCUCAAACGGAAGCCUGAUUUGUUUUUAUCCGAGAAUCUUGACGUGAAAGCGGUGUUCCACUGUGGAGUUCUGUCACUCAAAUUCCCAGAGGCUCCUACUGUCAAGUCCACCUGCCUCUUUUUCAACGUUUUUGUGUUCGGACAGACGGAGCUCCUGCCGCACUGCGUAGACGUUCCUCCUGUGGGCCAAGUUGUACAGGAACAUGGCAAACUCCUGUUGCUGGCUGUGCUGGAGGCGAUCGGUGGUCAGUCUUCGCGCAGUUUAAUGGACCAGUUUGCAGAAGUGCUGUUCUCCAUGAAUAAGCACUGUUUCAGUCUGCUCACUGUGUGGCUCAAAGAGGCCCUGCAAACUCCAGGCUUUCCCUCAUCCCGAGUCUCUGAUGAACAGAAGGAUACAUUUAGCCAGCAGAUCCUAAGGGAGCGGGUGAAUAAGCGACGGGUGAAGGACAUAGUGAAAGAGUUCACUCUAGUGUGCCGAGGGCUGCAUGGCACCGAGUAUGCAGCGGAGUACUGAGCAAACUGAGUCCAAAGUGAUCCGAUUCCUAGCAGCGUACCCCCAACCCCCCACCCCCCGUCCCAUUGGAAAAUCCAUACCUAAAUAAUAGCAUUGUGAAAGCCUGACAGAUGGAUAUUGUUCAGAGCAUGCACUGUAAGGACCUGAGGAGGGCACCAUCUUUAUUGUUAUUUUAUUAUUAUUAUUAUCAUUAUUUCUCUUCCCCUGUGUCUCGCUCUCACAAAUCCUGUUGGACCGUCUGGGGAGUGGACCGCACUGCUUUAUCCAAGCGGUACUUUUCAUACACUUUUCAUACACGUCCUUCUCUCCGCUCGCCACUCGUUCAGCAUGCCAAGCGUUGUUGAUUUUUCCCAACCCUUUUCACGUUCUCGAUCUUCCGUGGCUCCUAGGCUGUUUCCUUGUGCCAUUUUUAGCAUUGAAAUCAACAACGGAAUCGCGGUAGUUUAAACGUUUUAUUUUGUAAUUGAAAGAUAUCUAAAGGAAAGACGCUAGGAGGUGUACGAGUCUUAUAGAUGCUGCUGCUAACAAAGAGAGGGACCAAUAAUUUUUCUCUGUGGCUUUAUAUAUGAUGUAUGUAUGUGUAAUAUGAAUGUGUAUGUAUGUGUGUGUGUGUGUGUGUGUGUGUGUGUGUGUGUGUGUGUGUGUGUGUGUAUACUCUAACUAGCCUCCACUUACAACAUGAUUCAAAGGUUGUGAACUUAGUCAUGAGUCAUGGGCUUUUUUUUUUUGGUUUCUUUUUGUUGUUUUUUUAUCAUCAAAAUGUAUUAUUUUAAUAUAUAAAGUUAGCAGCAUGCAUGGGUCUGGGUAGAGCUGAUUUUACAGACACUCGUGUAAAAUUGUGGGGGGAAAAAAACAACAAACAAACAAAAAAAAAACCUUUAAUGGUCAUGAAAGAAGUCCUGCCCUGUGUAUGGUGUCCUCUGGGGAAAGCUGCUGGGAGCCCCUAAUGGCUGUGAAAUCCACCUGUAGAUGUCCUUGUGUGUCUUUCUGGAUAGAAAGCACGUCAGAACCUCACCUGAAGAGAGGACAGCGGUCAACUGUGAACCGUUUUCUCGUUCAUUUCAACACGUGACUACUUUGCGUGUGUGUCUAUGUUAUGUACACUUGCUUGUUCAGAUUGCAGCUUCUGUACAAUGUUGAGUGCACUUAAAUCAAGGAACUGAACACAAUCUACACUACAAGUCCCCAUGUGUUUGCCAUUAGAACCCCCCUGUAUAGGACUCUUACGGUGGCUGGGUGUCUCUGUCUCCCUGUCUAAUGCCCAGCUACUGCCUGCAAACAUGUAGCAUGUGUGUUUUGUUUCUGGGCAGGGAAAUCGGGGCAUGCAGCAAAAAGAAUGUCUUGUGAGCAUUCGGCAGGUGAGGAUAAUUCCCCAUCCUGCCAUUUUGUUUACCAGUAAUGGAUAUAUAGGAGAAGGGGAGGGAGAAAUUAAAGGAAGAGAAAUAUACAUGUGUUUGCUUUUCUUUUGUACUUUGUUUUAAUUUAUUAAAUAUAUCUAAGAUGGCA